AAAAAUCAGUGGCGUCGGAGGAGAGACAGCAGAGAGACGGGGACGGGGACAGAGACACGGACACACACACACACACACUCUGACGAGGACACACUGCGACACGGCUGCUGACAAUGGACGCGUCCGUCUGACCAGCUCCGGUCCCCCCGCUCCCCCCCCCCCCCCCCGCCCCAACCCCGUUUCUCCAACAGGUCCACCGCAGCCCGCGGGCAUGUCGACGGCAGAAGGAGCCGCUGGCCCGCGCGAGGAGGAGGAGGAGGAGGAGGAGGAGGAGUACGGAAGGGCGGCGAAGCGGCUGAAGACGGAGGAGAGGGACGAGCGCGAGGAGGGCGAAGAGGAGCUGGAGGAGGGGGAGGAGGGGGAGGACUCGGACACCGGCUCGCUGCCCGGUAACGGGGAGUCGGCGGCGGCGGAGGACAACCGGGCCCGGUGGAGCAGCGGCAGCGGCAGCAGCCAAUACGGAGCAGGGCGGAAGGAUAAUGGCGAGGACUCCCAUCGUAUCUCUCCCAGUCCCGUGGUGCAUGUCAGGGGUCUCUGCGAGGCUGUGGUGGAGGCAGACCUGAUCGACGCCCUGGAGAAGUUUGGAUCCAUAUGUUACGUGAUGAUGAUGCCGUUCAAGCGUCAGGCCCUGGUGGAGUUCUCCGCAGGGGAGAGCGCUGACCGCUGCGUGUCCUGCGGAGCCAAGGAGCCCGUUUACAUCGCAGGACAACAGGCGUACUUUAAUUACUCCACAUCCAAGAGGAUCACCAGGCCGACCAACGCUGACAACCCCAACAGUGGCAACAAGGUCCUGCUGCUGUCCAUACAGAAUCCCCUCUACCCUAUAACUACGGAUGUUCUGUACACAGUGUGCAAUCCCAUCGGCAGUGUGCUGAGGAUCGUCAUCUUCAAACGUAACGGGAUCCAGGCCAUGGUGGAGUUUGAGUCAGUUCAGUGUGCUCAGAAGGCCAAAGCUGCACUGAAUGGAGCUGACAUCUACGCUGGUUGCUGUACACUCAAGAUUGAAUAUGCAAGGCCAACACGUCUGAACGUGAUUAAGAACGACAACGAGAGCUGGGACUACACUAAACCAUACUUGGUCAGACGAGACCGUGGAAAGGGCAGGCAGAGGCAGGCCAUUCUUGGAGAACACCCAUCGUCCUACAGUGAGAACGGCUAUGGGUCGCCCUGCCCCCUGCUGCCUCUGCCCAGCAACAGCAGGUAUAAGCUCACCUCGGUGGAUGUUCCCGACAUGGUGUCCUACCCUCUGCCUCAGUCGUCCUCCUCAUACUCUGGCCACGCCCCUAGCUCUGUUGCCAUGGUGAGCGGCCUGCACCCGUCCAAGAUGAACUGCACCCGCAUCUUCAACCUCUUCUGUCUGUACGGCAACAUAGAGAAGGUGAAGUUUAUGAAGAGUGUUCCUGGCACGGCGUUGGUGGAAAUGGGAGAUGAGUACGCUGUGGACCGAGCCAUCACACACCUCAACAGCAUCAAGGUGUUUGGCAAGAGACUCAACGUCUGCGUGUCCAAGCAGCACGCCGUGAUCCCCAGUCAGGUGUUUGAGUUGGAGGACGGCAGCAGCAGCUAUAAGGACUUCGCCAUGACCAGGAACAACCGCUUCAGCAGCGCCGGGCAGGCCUCCAAAAACAUCAUCCAGCCUCCAUCUGCGGUGCUGCACUACUACAACGUCCCUCCGUGUAUAUCGCAGGAACAGUUGCUGAGGCUGUGUACGGAGCACGAUGUGCCUGGCUUUGUCAAAUUCAAGAUGUUUGAUGCCAAACCCUCCUCCAAGACCAUCUCUGGCCUGUUGGAGUUUGACAACAAGACGGAGGCUGUGGAGGUUCUCACUGUUCUCAACCACUACCAGAUCAGGAUACCCAAUGGAUCCAACCCGUACACCCUGAAACUGUGUUUCUCCACCUCGUCUCAUCUAUAAAAAGCUGCGGAGCCACAAGAUGAGGUUUUUUCGUGAGUCGGUGGUGGCUGACCUCUGAGCCGAGGGAGGAACCAUGAGAGGCAGACACACGGACGAGUCAGAGAUGAGAGAUGAACACGACGAGUCGAGAAAGAAGAUGGGAGAGGGAGAGGUGGCCUUGCAAAGGGAGACGGAGAGAGGAGUGAAGACAGUGUCACUUUCUCCCAAACUGAACAUCACUUACCAUAAUAUCGAUCAUCUCAACAUCCAAUCACACCUGUACAGAUGACAGACGAGUGACUGUCUGAAAUAAUAAUGUCUUCAUAUUGUCAAGUGGGACGUCUGGAGUCUGGAGUCUUCACAGCAUGGUAAACUUUUCUUCAAGUGUGGACCGUGACCAACUCUGAGGAAUCUACUGUACAAAGCCACGUCGGAUCUGAGAUCAUGGCAGAUGGCGACUGAAAUCAUAUUUUAUUGUUGAAAAAACAAUAACAGCGUGUUGCUUUGAAUCGUCAUUGAGCGUAUAUAGUGAAUUUGAAUAUCAUUUUAACACAAGUUCUCGCGUAGGCUUCACUAGAUGUCGCUUCACUGUUUGGUCAGUCACUUUGGCCCGGCGUUAGAUAUCUCAACGACUGACCAGUUGUUGGGGUUUGCUGUAGAUAUUCAUGGUCCUCAGAGGAAGUGACCCUCUCACCCGACUUUUCCCAUGAUGCCAGCGUAAGAUCGGAAUUCUCAGCCAGCACCGUGGUGAUGAACUGACAUAUGGUAUCUGGGAGACUAAAGUCAGGAGUCGCAUGAGAUUUCAUAUGAAUAUCCACGUUUUUCAGGAGGAUGAAACUUUUUUUUUCACCAGCCUCUGUCAUUUCCUUGUGUCCCAUCUUUCAACUUUACCUCCACCACAAAACCCCCUGAGAAAUUAACCGAGCACACGCUUUUCACUUUGGACACAAUCUAUAAUCUUCACAUUAGUGUCAAAAUAUCAACUUUCUUUCAAACGAGAUAUUUGCUGAUGCAGCUGGCGGAUUGUUGCGUUUCCUAAUCACACUCCCGUUUCCAAGGAGAUUAACCUUUUGGGAAUUUAAUGCUUCUCUAACUUUUUCGUCUUGUAUUACCACCCAGGACAAAGGUUAAAUGUAAAAAUGUUUCAGUUUUUCAGAUGAUUAGGUGUUUUUAGACAUAAAGCUCUGUAGUUUGACAGACGAGGCAGUUGGCAGCACAAAAGCGAGUGAUGUCGAGUCACAGUUAAAACAACGAUUCUGUGUGAAGUUUGUAUGUUUUUGCUUAGGUUUCCUCUCACGGUCCAAACACCGUGGUAGGUGAAGGUUAAGUGGAAACUACAAAGUUCCCAUAGGUGUGAGUUUGAGUGUUUAUCUAUUUUCAGACACUUUGCCGGUGAGCUCCGCUCCCAGGUGUGGCCCCAGGAGGGCUUCCUUCCUUAAUGUGGUGUAUAUCCUCAUGAAACAGAAUCAAGGGUAUGACUAAGUGACUGGUCAAUUAAUCAGUGGAUUAUAAUUGACUAUUCAGACUCGAUACACACAAUAAUGCAGCAUGAAGUCACUGAAAACACAAAAUUUCUAACAAGUUCAACGGCCCAUCUAAAAUUGGAGUGUAAGACCAGUAUGUCAAAAUAGAGCCAGGAAAAACAGAAUAUUAAGGAGAUUUUGCUUUGUCAUAUCAAACAACAUAUUCAUUUAAUAUAUUGUAAAUUCAUUUUUAUAAUCAAUUGCUAAUACAAUGUUUUUUUUCUGGAUUUUGCAUGAGAUUUGUGAGUAAAUGGGCAGAACUCAGAAUAGAGGGAUUACAGACUGGGCCCAAGGCUUUGAAAGGUUUGGUUGUCCUUUGGUAAUCUGGAUGACAUGACUCGUAGUGAUUUGUAGCUUGAAAUUUAUAGAGGUUUAAAUACACAAAUCUAAUGUAUAGGAGAAUUGGGGGCCCUUUUUCCCAGCUGUGUCCACAGACCCAUUUUCCUAUAUUCUCAAUGGACACACUGAGCUUCUUUGAGUUUUCCAGCACCUUUUAGAAAAAGGUGUGAAAAGUUCUGAUGGAUAAAUCCCACUUAAGUUUGCAGUUAAAUGCAACUGCUCCUUUAGAUGUUGUGCAACAGUUUCAUAAAAAUGGACACAGGUUUAGACAGUAUAUCUUAUGUCUGUGUGACUUACAGCACUUGAAUCGUACUGUAUUUCUAAUGAGGUUUAAUUUAUUUAUUUAUGUGUUUUUUUAAAAGCCUUUCGGGGGGGAUUUAAUAAAUGAGGGCUGUUGUCAUGACUUUUAGGCUGUAAAAAGGUUUAAUGUUGUUAAUGGUCUGUAAUCACUGACAAAACAUUUUAGAAAUGACAUAGAACUAUAUUGUGCCAUUCAUCCGUGGUUGUAACUUACAUGUACAUGUUCAAAGUGAAUAAAUCCAAGUGUGGGGCUGCGAGGCCAGCUACACAGCUCAACUCA